UAAUUCGCUCCAAUGCAAUCAUCUCUCUUAAAUCCAACCUUAAAAUAAAACAUUUAACAAAAAUUAGAGUCUAGAGAGAGAAACCAUGACUGACAACUAAGAAAAAUGUGGUCCUAAAGAUACCUCCAAAACCCUAGCUUUCUUUAAUUUUCUCUUCCUUUGCACUUUAUGUGCUCAUUUUACCUACAUUUCGGUUUAUAAAUUUGAGAUCAGCUCUAAAAAAGUGAAAUUCUAUUGCUUUUUUCGUUGGUUUGGUAAGUGAUCACCAGUAUCAAAACCCUUUUCUUGUUUAUUGAUUUUGAACCCAUUUUUUCCCUCAAAAUCUCACAAUUCAUUCACUGUUGUGUCAAAGUAGGCAACUUUACUGAAACCCUUUCCUCUUUUAUGGGUUUUGAAUCAAAUUUUAGUCUCAGAAUCUUGCGUUUCAUUCAGUUUUGUGUUAAAAUAGUGCACUUUGGUCUAAUUUAUUGUUGAAUUGUACUCAAUUUUGCAGGUAAAGCUGUUGGUUUUGUAGAAUUUGACUGAUUAAAUUUUGGGAGGUUGUGUGAGAAUUUCGUCACUUCUGAUGUUUUGUUUCCAAUCAUUUUAUCAAAAACCCAAUUUGAUUUUUUCUCUUAGACCCCCUUUCUCGUAUUCUAUUCCGUAUAUUUUUCUUCCCUCUGAUGUUGUUUUCUUCAUAUGUUGCUUUAAUUGCAAUAAAUUUCGCCUAAAAAUUUGAUCUGUUUUCUUAUUUACCGUCCCUGUUUGAGCUUGGUCUUGUCAAAUUAAGUUCAAUUGUUACCGCUUUUGGAGAGCUAGUGUUGGAUUUUGAGGGUAAAAGAUUGGUGGGCUGUUAGCGUGGAGGUGAAAAGUGAGGAACUUGAUAUAAAUGGCUAAUAGGUAUAGGCUGGCUUCUAUCGAGGAUUUUCCAUCACAUUUGAUUUUUGAAAUUCUGACAAUCGGUAGGCUUAGUGCUGCUGACCUCGUGUGCUUAGAGUUGACUUCUAGGACAUUUGGAGCGAGUCAUGGGCUGUACCCUCAAAAAUUCAGGUCGUUGGUGGAUUUUGCAGCACAUCAGUUAUGUGUGUCGCAUAGAGUGUAUGGCGGGAUGGGGUGGAAUGCUCAGAAAGAGUUGUUUGAUCGUUGUGGAGGAAAUUGGAAGCGGGUUUUGAGGUUCUUGCAGGCUGUGGAGGAAUCAUCAGGCAUGGUCAAGACCUCAGCAUGCAAUAUGCAGGUUACAACUGGAAGAUAUCACACGUUGCUGAUCAGAGAUUCAUCUGUAUAUUCUUGUGGUUCCAGUUUGUGUGGUGUUCUUGGACAUGGUGCUGAAACAACACAAUGUGUAGCAUUCACACGGAUUAGAUUCCCAUCUUUGGCUAACGUGGUCCAAGUCUCAGCCUCCCAUAAUCAUGCUGCUUUUGUUUUGCAGUCCGGAGAGGUUUUCACUUGUGGUGAUAAUUCAUCAUUUUGCUGCGGUCACAAAGAUACAAAUCGCCCCAUAUUUAGGCCCAGGCUUGUUGAGGCACUAAAGGCAGUUUCAUGCAAGCAGGUUUCUGUGGGCCUUAACUUUACAGUGUUCCUCACAAGACAAGGCCAGCUUUAUACAUGUGGGUCGAACACACAUGGGCAACUUGGUCAUGGUGACACGCUAGACAGACCAACACCCAAAAUCAUUGAACUGCUUGAGGGAAUUGGUCCUGUGGUUCAAAUAGCUGCUGGUCCCAGCUACGUGUUAGCUGUAACUGACAAUGGUGUAGUUUACUCUUUUGGUUAUGGUUCUAAUUUUUGUCUUGGUCAUGGAGAGCAACACGAUGAGUUCCAGCCACGUGCAAUCCAGACAUUUAGAAGAAAGGAUAUUCAUGUGGUCCAUGUUUCUGCUGGGGAUGAGCAUGCUGUGGCACUUGAUUCAAGUGGAUUUGUCUAUAGUUGGGGAAAAGGUUACUGUGGAGCAUUAGGCCAUGGGGAUGAGAUUGAUAAGACUCUUCCUUCCCUUGUGAACUGCCUUAAGAGCCGCCUUGCUGUGCAGGCUUGUGCAAGAAAAAGAAAAACAUUUGUUCUGGUCGAUGAUGGUUCUGUUUAUGGCUUUGGGUGCAUGGGAUUUGGUAGCCUUGGCUUUCCAGAUAGGGAUAUAACUGAAAAAGUGAUGACACCUCGAGUCCUUGAUAGCUUAAGAGCUCAUCGUGUUUCUCAGAUUAGCACAGGCCUCUACCACACUGUCGUGGUUACCAACCAGGGCCAAAUGUUUGGAUUUGGAGAUAAUGAAAGAGUACAACUUGGGCACGACACAUUGAGGGGAUGCCUGCAACCAACUGAAAUAUUUGUUCAAGAAACAGCAGAUGAUACAGGCCUUACUUUGGAAAGGAAAUGACUGUCAAGUCUAGGAAACCUUCUCUGCUUUGUGGAUGCCACUGUUAUAUCAGAAGUUUAAACUCUCAACACAACUACUCAAAUGAGUUAAUAUUCUCAUACCAGAUUGAGUCGUCUCAUAUUUUUGAAAACUUGAGUUAGAUUGCUUUAAUUGGACCUAUGAAAUGCACUUCAUGUAAUAGUUGUCCUGUGAAACAAUUGUCACUCAUCGCAACGUUCUUUCUAUUGAUUCACAUUUAGCUGCGUA